AUGGCCAACUUACGCGACCUCCCGCCCGAACUCAAGAUUGCCGUGGCCGAGGCUCUGGCACACGGCAACAUCAAUGGUUACAGACAGGCCGACAGAGUAGUUUCUGCCCUUGCCGCCCUUUCCGCCACAGACCGGUUUUUCCACAAUGUCACCGACCCACUGUUGUAUACGUUCGGCGUCAUGCGCCAUCCGUAUCUCCUCUGCUGGGCAACUGAAGUGGGCAACUUGGACAUGAUGAGGAAGAUUCUCCAAGCGGGGUCCGUUGGUCCCCAGACAGGAAUCAUUCGCUACGAUCCACGACAAGAAUACGCUCCUUGGAAUCCAAAGACAGAGUCGCCCAUUGAGCGUUUCAGGCGCUUUUACCGAUGUGACGGCCGACACUUUCAGAAGCCUGAAGAUUACUUUGACGCCCUUCACGGUGGUGCCAGCAACCCCCCGGCUCCGGAUGAUGGUUCCUCUCCAGGCAGUAAUCACUCGGAUCACGGAGCCAUCCUUCUAUUUGAACACAGCGACUUGGACGACACAUCCUCCGAAGACUUCUCUGAAAACGCCUCUAUUGCCGAUCACUACUCCGCCGGCGAAGCUUCCCAUGACGAAGAAGACCUCGACGGAGCACCCGCUCAUGGUAACCAUGCUGCCAAUGAUGCCGAAGACAGUCAUUCGGUCAACAGCAACGACACAGAUGAGCAAGACGAGCAAGCCGAGGCCAUUGCCGAAAUGAUUGAAACGGUCAAGAGGGAGGUGGCCGGCGUAAUACGGUAUUACGAUGAUUUUGACGUUGAACAAGUGGACCAAGACGACAUUCUCGGCUUAUACUGGUUCCCAGUACACAUCGCCGCAACCAACGGCAAUUUGCCAGCUCUCCACCUGCUUGUCGAGCACGGCGCACUUCUCAACAUACCCUCCAAGGGUAUCUGUGGCGAAUGUACGGCACUGUACUGGGGCGAUAUGCCGUCUGGAGGACUCUACCCGGCCUGGACGCCGCUCCACCUCGCCCUAUGUCGAGGACACACAAAGAUUGCCAAGUACAUCCUCAUGGAGCGCCCGCACACCAAAGAACGCCUUGUUGCCUACGAUGAACCUCCGUGGGCGGUGCUUCCCGCCUUUAUUUCUGCCAUUCGAUGCGAAGAUUUCCAAGUGGCCGAGUUUUGCUUGGAGGAGGAGAUCGACGACGCCACCUCCAUCGACCUUGUCAUGCACAACGCGACACUACUCUGGAGAGCGUUCUGGGAAACGGAGAUGUUUCAAGAAGCCCUCGAGAUUCUAUUACGCUACGGGGCUGAGAUUGACUACGACCUGGGCGAUGGGCACACCUUGCUUGUUGAGGCUUGCCUGCACGGUCACUUCAGACAGGCUAUUGACCUUGUCAACGCCGGCGCGGAUACCACAGUCAUCCUGAACAGCCCCGGUCCACAGAGCGCGCUGGACUACGCUUGGGACCGUAUUGAUCGCUCAUUUCCUACUCCAAUCGCAGGAUGCAGCGUUCUCGACAUCUGCUGUGGUUUGUCUCCGGUUCUAUCCCAGCCAGGUAUGGAGGCCCCGCCACCAGUGCCACCAAGGCCUCGAUGUCGCCCGUCACACAAAUAUGGCCCCGAUCUCAUUCACCUACUGCUUGACACCUCAGAAGGACGCAGCGUUAUGGGACGUACCUCCCUUCAUGUUGCAGCUUCUGCGCAUAACUCAAAGGCCGUUGAAAUCUUACUGGAUUCCGGAAUGGACCCUUCGAGCCUUGACGCAGAGGGAUUCAGUGCGCUAGUUCGCGCAACGCGGUGUGAAGAAAACUACGAUCCGGAGCUCUGGUUCUGCGAGUUCCUCCAGACGAUCUCCGUUCUCGCGGAGCAUUUGCGAACCAGACGAGACGAAGGUAUCGCGUCAUGCAACCCGGCCAAGAAGGGCACAAACAGUUCCGCUACCGCCGACGGGAACGAUGCCCUGCUAAACAUCAUGGAGUGCAGAGUCCUGCCGGCCAGCACGAGGUCGAAAACUAAUCGACUUGCCGCUGCUCUAGAGCUCGUCAGCACAGGCCUCGCUGACAUCAACACUCGAGAUAAAUACGGCCAUACAGUUCUGAUGCUUGCCGUUGCUAGGGGAGAUACCGAAAUCACUCAUUCACUUAUGAAGCUGGGAGCCAGUCUGAAGCGUCGUCCGGCACAAGACGACCUGGCUUUAUUAUGGGCCACCUUCGUCUUGGACUAUAGACACCGUGAGCCCCAGAAGGCCUUUAGGCUGAUCUGUUCAGUCGAUACCGACGGCCGCAUCUUCAGGGAGCCCCGAUUCCUCGCAUUCGCCAUGUGCGAACUGCGGCACGAGGUGGGCGAAUCGAUGGCCUUGUCUAUUCAGCCCAAAACUCUGAUCCUGGGCGACAGAGACGCCUCGGCGAGGCCUGGCGACAAACAACAGGAGCCGCAGCUGGUUAACGGAGUACGUGACGCGGAGACGUACGUGGACCACAUGGCGUCGAAAAAUGAAAGAUACGAUGGGUAUCUUCGCAACGGUUGGACGCUGUUGCACAUAGCAGUUGAACUGGGAUUUGAAAGCGUAGCAGAAACCCUCCUGAGUCAGGGCGCCGACGCCAACAAACCGACCCCGGAUGGCCUGAGCCCGUUACAUGUCGCUAUCAAGAGCCGGGCCGCGGGGAGCCCUGGGAUGUUUAGCCUGUUGUUCAACUCUGGAGCGGACCCUCACGCCAAUGCCAGUAAAGCAACCAAAUCGCCAAUCGACUGCUGCAUACGGGAAGGACGAUUCAUGAUGCUCUCGCUGCUUGAGGACUAUCCUAUCCGGGGCCACCCGCAGGCCCAUGGCAAUCUGUAUCUUCACACCACCGUUUCGGUUCAGAUGAACGGUCGAUCUUACGUCUCCAAAAACGCCCUUCUUCCGCUAAUCGAAGCUGGCGCGGAUGUCAACGCGAAAGACCAGAACGGGGACACUCCUCUCUCUUUCCUCAUCAAUGAGGUUCUGCGACUCAACGAGAACCUCGACGUCGACGAGCAGAGGGUGAUCGACCCUAUACCGGCCGUCCCGAUACUGGUUAGGGCUGGCGCGAGCCCAAGCGCGCGCAACAACAAGGGCAAGACCGUGAUGGACAUGAUGGCCGAGGUCAGGAAUCAUAAGGACGGGCUCUUUGGCUUGAGGGACUAUCUCCGCUCAACUCUUCUCUACGACGUGAUGCUGUAUCGGAACGGUAUUGGACUGUAA